GUUUAGUAAGUGUGUACUGUGGGGGUCGUCUUCUUCAUCUUUCUCCUUCAUCCCUGAGCAUGGAGGGUUUUACAGAUAACUAGUUCUUCUUCCAAUCUUAAAGAAUUGCAGUGACAGAAAUGGCACCAACUCCGUUCUCUCGUCUCCUCCUGAGGCGGUUUUCUCUACCCUCUAAAACCCCGCCAAAACCCCCCAGCCGCCAGUUUUCAAUUUUCACCAUUUCUAAGAGGUCCUUCUCCACCUCUCCACCUCCAACCCCUACCCAAGACCCGCCUAAACCCUCCUCACUCUCCGCCCGCAUGAGCUUUGUCUUUGAACAAAUCGACCAAAUCGAGAAGCAGAGGCGAGAACAGUUCCACCAGAACGACGACACUCUGCAGCGUAUCCGGGCUUGGCGGCAAUCAAAAAAGGAAUCCCAAGAAACCCAACAACCUGAGAGCAACGACCGAAUCCAGGAUUCGGGAAUCGCAGAAAAUGAUAUAAAUUCUGGUGUUUUAGGUGAGUCGAAACCGAGCGAAGAUGCCCUCCAGCGUAUCCGAGCUUGGCGCCACUCUAAUAAUCCGGAAGGUAUGCCAUAUCCAGAGUCCGAAACCGCCAGUCAGCCAGUGGUGGAGUUGGUUGAGUCUGAGUCAGGGGAGGUCGGAGAAAAGAAGGGGGAGAAGGCGGCAGAGCUGUUACACCCAUGGCCAGAGUGGAUAGAAUUGAUGGAGAGAUUGGUGCAACAGAAUUACUUUGAUCAUAAAAGGAGAGAUGAGGAUAGGAUGGUGCAAGGUUUGGGAUUUGAUAUUAGUAAUGUUGCUGAGGAGGUUAAUGAUGAUGCAGGGAUUGAUUUUAAUGACUACAAGACUGUUCAGACUGCAUGUAUUAAUUUUGGGAAGGAUCGCUUUGAUAUUUUGAGGUCAUUUUCGAGACAGGAUAUUCAAAUUUUGGUUGGUUAUGGGUGCCCUAGUACGGACAAGAAGGUGGUGUUCUCUUCAAAACUAUUGCGCAAGCGUGUCCACCUUGACGAAGGAGAUGUCUGUAGUUCCUGCAGUCUGAGGAACUCCUGUCAGUUAGCAUAUCUUUUAACAAACAAAGAGGAUGAGGCACGGACUAUUGAUAUAAUGCGUGUACUAUUGAUUUAUGGUUUUGAUUUUAUAAAUGGAUCAGUGGUCAAUAAGGAUCUUUUGAAACAAAAGUCUGUGAAGAUUGUUGCCCGUAAGUUACUUCAUGAGGUUGUCAAGUUGAGUGCUGUUCCAAUAGAUCCGAAUCUUCCUCCUCCUAUAAUAAAGAAGCCUCCACCAAAAGUGAAGCAACCCCCUCCCCCUCCAAAGAAGCGUGUUGGACGUGAUGACAUUGAAAUGAAAAAAGGGGAUUGGCUUUGUCCUAAGUGUGACUUCAUGAAUUUUGCAAAGAAUACUGUUUGUCUACAGUGUGAUGCUAAGAGGCCAAAGAGACAGCUGCUUCCUGGAGAAUGGGAAUGUCCUGAGUGCAAUUUCUUAAAUUACCGAAGAAAUAUGGCAUGCUUUCAUUGUGAUUGCAAACGUCCACCUGAUGCAUUUGUGGAGAAUAAAAUGCAAGGAAUGCAACCAGGUCCCAGAACAAGGUUGGAGAAGGUUGCCAGGCAACAAGAGGUUUCUAAUGCCUGGAAUUUUGACUUUGAUGAUGAUGAAUCAGAUGGAGCAGAUGUUGCAGCUUUUGAGCAUGCAGAUACACCAGUAAUUGAUGGAGAUUCUCCUUCAGAUACUGGGCCCCCUAGAGGUAACUUUAGAGGGCUCGGAAAUGAUUUCAAUGAUGGAGGGCAAGUCCAAAGGAAUGAAAGAGAUUAUUCUGAUCCUGACAGCAACAGACCUGGAGUGGGGUUUGAUGAUUUUGAUGAUGAAGAUGAUGUUGACAGUUAUGAGAUAGAUACACAAAAUAGUAAUCCUGCUUGGAGAGCUGCUUCAAAUGAUUUUUCUCAUGUUGAGGGGUUUUCUGAGUCAGGAGGUGUCAGGGGCUUCAAUCAUGGUUCUGUUGCUUAUAGGACAGCAAGGCCUCCAUCAUACAGUGAGCCAUCUAAGUCCUUACGUAGAAAAGCAACCUUCUCUGAUUCUGAGCUGGAUUUUGAUUCAGAUGGAGAACUUGCAGUUCAUCCUAACUGGAAGUCCAGUCAUGUUGCUGACUCAAGGCAUAGAAGUGGUGGUGCAAGAGUUUCUUCUAGAGGAUUAAGCUUUGGCUCAGAUGAUGAAGUUGAGCUCAAUUCUGAUAUGGAUGAUGAUUUUGAUGACUAUGGAUCCCAGCAGGAGAAAGGAAAUAGAAGGGGUUAUAGUAGAGGGGGUUUUCAGAGGGGUGGGAGAUUUGAUGUUAAUGAUGGUUCCUUUUCUGGUCCAGAACUGGAAAACAAUGGCUCAGGUUUCCAGAGAAAUAGGUCAGCUGUAAGGAAGAUAGGAUCUGGUGGAAGAGGAAAUAAUUUUAGCAGCAGCAAUGACUAUUACUUUGAUAAAGAUGCAAAACUUAGAACCAACAGCAAGAUGGGUGUUCGAAGGAAUGAUGGUUAUGAAAGAUCAUCUAGAGAUUCUCGUGGUGAUAAUAGGUUUAGGGCAGAUUACUAUGGUAGUUGGAGAACAGACAACAGAGAGGGUUAUAAACAAAGUGAAGGAUUUAGAGAUCAUAAAGGUGGUGACUAUGGCUAUCGGAGAAUGAACAACAGGGGUUAUGAACGAGGUGAAGGAUUUAGAAACCAGCAACGUAGAAGGUCAGAUAAGUAUGAUAGGGACAGGGAUUGGGAUCCCAGUGAAUUCAGAAACAGUAGGCGCGUUAAUGACAGGUAAGUCUGAGUUGUAACCAGAUUACAUGCUGCUUCAUUUCAUGGAGGCUUCAGAAGCAAUAGGUUCUUGAAAUCAAUGAUAAGACAAGGUGAUUAUUAGUCCUGUUGAAAGAGGCUGCCUCUGGAGCAAGGUAUCAAAGAGGUAAACUCGUUUUCCUAUCUACUGACUGUUUCCUGUUUAGAGGAAAUCUUUUGGUCUUGCCAUAGGGUGUUCUUGUGUGCUGGAAAGAUGCUUGAAUCUGUUGGUUUCAUUGAAACAGAAAUAAUGUUUUCUGGGUUCUCUUUCAAGAGAGAAAGCAAGGGAAUCAAUUGCCGUGGGAUGAUAGGUGUAUCAAAAUGAUAAAUUUAUUUCAUAUUCUUUCAAGGUCUCUAGCUUCUUCUUUUUCAACUAUAAUGUGUUAUAAGAGUCUACUUUUUGAUGAAAACUAUUCAGUUAGGAAAGCAGCAUCGUUCAUAUAUAUAGUUUUUCAAAAAAAUUUAAAAAUCUGGCAUGGAGCAUUGCUUGGUUUAUGGUAUGGUUGGAAACCUGGUAAGCUCCUAUAAAUGUAAUUAAGCAUU